AUGCUGUCAACUGAUUCUCAACGACACCAUGAUGGCGAGAUGCGGGCCGCUGCCGCGCCGACUAUGAAGCUGUGGGACGGACGCAACCGAACGACAAUAGAAUGGAGCGGACCACAUCGAUGCAAUGCUGGUGCCUCGUUUCGUGUCGACUUUGCUACCUUGCUUAAGACGCAAUGUCAUAUAUUCAUCGAAAAGUAUAUGGACAGCUCAAGUCAUACCUUGGACAAGUCAAAGACCGACGUCAACGGCAAUCGACUAGGCCCCAGACGAAAUGUAUCAUUAUACAUACCAGCUGCGCCAGGUAGCACUCGCUCGGAGAUUGCACGACAACAUCUUUCAGUCCGCAACCUUCUGGCAUGGGUGGAAGGGGUUCCCCUGGUUGGAGCUCAUCUCGGCGGAGAGAUUGUGACUCUGUUUCGAAACAUGGUUACAUACCGACUGCCUGACACGGAUUCAACUGCAGACCUGUUGGCGUAUCUGGAAGCCGUCGGAUAUCUGGACAUGGUGGCACAACCAAAUCAUGCACUCGCCACUUUGUACGUUGCCGAAUAUCUCCGCCAUCGAGACCUAUAUACCCGGGCAUUUGUACAUUGCGUCGGCAUGGGAGAUCGAAUAUAUCAAAGCAGUGAAUAUACUAAAACCAGUCUUGUGUCAAGAAAGCUCAUCAGAGCCGCGAGCCGCGAUCUGAAGAUGAAGCUCAAUGGCGCCAUUGAGGACCUAGGCUCAUUUCUCGACGAGGAGCUGUCGGAAAGCCGAAUUGGCCUGCCCCAUGGCAUGCGCACGCACUUGGACCGAUUUCGCACCGUCCUACUCACUUUCUACACGGCCAAGUUUGGCUACUUUCCACCUCAAGAUUUCGACGCAAAAGUUGUGCGGGCCAUGUUGGAAGAUUUCGAAGCCCUGUACGAUCUCUUGGUUGAUGACAGAGUGGGCGCGGCCGGCAUGUUUGGCGGAAACCCUGGCGGUGGGUUGUGCAUUUUGCAAAUCCUCAAGACUUUUGACAGCCGAAACUCGUUCAAAACCUGUCAGCACCCUCUGCCUCUGCUUCCAGAUGCCUCCGAGAUUCGCAAGACGCGCCGCAUGUCAUGGCUUGGCCGUGGAGACAUGGAAAAGCCAGCCCAUCGGCUUAUUGCUCAUACGGCGCUGAUCAAGGCCUCUAAUUGCCGCGAGUCGUCCAAUAAGAAUGCUCUUGUGCGAACAUAUCACGAUUUCGAAGGAAAAUCACUAGAGCCGUCCGUGGAUAAAGGCGGCAAGCCGUGUACUGUGUCGAUUACGGACGCCCGCAAAGUGCGCUGGAUCUUGAUCUAUGCCAUGUGUCAGGUCCUGCGCAGCAUCUCACAGCAUGCACCGCAAGUGGCGGGCGAGCAAGCACCUUAUUUCCUCAGCGCAUCUGUGGCCGAACUCCCACCGUGGCAGACGGCCCUCGACACGACAGUUGAGCUGGACAUGUCUAGCAGCGCGCUACCUACUAUGCCUCUACCUGUUGACGAGCCUUGGCAGCCCCGAUUUGCCGAUGGCGUAGAAAUAAAACCGGAUAUCGACUAUCUCGCGCUGACGCACAGUGCGGAACGCCAACAGCCGGAGAAGCUGAGGCGCAGACAGUCCAUGCUAGUCGCGCAGGCUACUGGAUCGCCGACGAGGCUGUCGGGCAUGAAUUACGUGCCAGUCACUGUCCUUACGAGACAGUCCACAAUACGAAACUCUAUCAAGCGGCGACUACGCCCGCGCACCGCACACGCUGCAUCGACAGCCUCGUCACCCAUGAGCAAGAGCGCCUACCACGAGAUUGUCGUGGAAGGAUACGGGAAUGGUACCAACGAGGUCAAGCUCGAGCGGCGCAACACGGUGGGGUGCGACAAUUCCGAGGCUGGUAGAUGGCCUCCUGCCAUCUUGCCGCAUGAUUCACGCCUCCCUGUCGUGACUACCAUGGUCGUUGCGUCUGGCGCCGCUCCCACGGUGAGCUGCAGUAGCUCCAAGCGAAGCAGCAACGUGAGUUCCAUGGAAACAAGCAACUCGCAGAGCGGGUCGGACCCUGCGUCACCCGCCACCAUUUCCACGCCCGAAUUCGAGCAACACGCCAUAGUCGAGCCCGUCAUUGUCCGCAACUCGUCGCACAAGAGCCUCACCCAGCGGUACCCGAUGAAGUCGGUGCUGGACACCAUCAGCCGCACCUCGAGCAAGCGCCGCGCCUCCUUUGCCAGCUCCAUUGGCAAAGAGCCGCCGCUCUCCUCCCUCCCGGCGCCGCCGCAGCCGCCGCAGUCCUUGCCGGGCAGCCUGUCGCGGGCCCCGAGCGUACGCAAGAGCUUGCUGCCGGAGAGCUGGACGCUCCCGGGGCGCGCGACGCUGCGGCAGGAUAUUGACGAGGAGGACGAGAUGCUGGCGCUGCAGGCCGAGGCAGAUGAGUGGAUUGCGAUGCAGUCCUUUUUGGACAGCGACGUGUCGGAGACGCAGAUGGCGGGCGGCAUGGUCACGCCCGGGUGGGAGCAGUAUCAUGAUCUGGGCGGUCUGACAGAGGUUCGGUGA